GUCUUUUAUUAAUGUCGUAAAGUGAAGGUGAAAUCAAACUUGAGAACUUCUUUUAUGUAGACAACACUUUACCGUAAUUAAUUACAAACCUACCCCUCAUAAGACCAAAUUCGACCCAAAUGAAUGACCACCAUUCAACCAGGCUUUCUCUUACCCAUCCACCGCUCUAGCCGUCCUUCUUACUCGUAUUUAACCUACCUCGCAGGACGAGAUACUUAACGUCGAAUACUAGGUACAUUAGCAGUCCUGCAUACAAUAGAAGCUCCGUAUACACUCGCAAAAAAAGCAAUCAUGUCUCGACAGCACAUAUCCACCGCCACCGCGCUUCCCAUACAAUCGCUCGACCAUAUCCCAGAUCAAAAAUGCCCGGUGUGCAGUCGCAUACGGUAUCUGAAUACAGAAAUGGAAUUCUUAAUUAACCCAGAGUGUUAUCACCCAAUGUGCAUUAACUGCGUCAAUAAUAUCUUCGGCAAAGGGCCCGCGCAAUGCCCCGUGGCCACCUGCACCAAGACCUUACGCCAGCGCGGCUUCCGCUCGGCAUUUUUUAAGGACCUUAAGAUCGAACGUGAAGUUGAUCUGCGCCGUCGCGUCCAGGCUGUUUUCAAUAUGACCCAGGACGACUUCGUCUCGCUCCGCGAUUACAACGAUUACCUACAACAGGUCGAGGACCUAACUUUCGACUUGGUUAAUGGAGACGAGACAGAGAAGCAGAAUGCAGAGCAGAAGCUGCUCGCGUACGAGCAGAAACACAAGGAUGAAAUCGAGAAGAACAAGAAGAAAGGCCGCGAAGCAGAUUCCCAGCGCAAACAGCGCGAAGCCGCCGAAGCGGAAGCGGCGCGCCAACGCAGGCUCGAAGACCAGCGGGAAGAAGAGCGCGCCCGUGCCGAAGAAGCCUCCAUAAACACCGAAGUCAUGGAAGCCCUCGAACGAGGCGAACCCGGCACCGCCAAAGAAAUCCAAGCGCGUAUCAUCGCGCAGAAGCGCGCGCGCGUCGCCGAGAUCGCAGGCUCCAACUUCCCCAGCCUGCUCAACGCAUCCGACACACCCGCCUCCAAAUCCACCGACACGCUCCUCUCGAUCCGGGGUCUCAAAGAUAAAUCCAAGCGCGACGAGGACGCGGAUUACUACCUGCGGCCGUACGACGCGUUUGCGGGCCUGGAUCUCAACCCCACGCGGUACGAGCUGCGCGAGCGCUACGAUAACCCAUGGCUCGAGGACGCGCGCAGCCGCGACGACCACCGCGUCCCCGGAUAUAGCACGCACGAAUACGAGGCGCGCGCCAUGUUCGAUGCGUUUGCGGGGUUGGGCGUGUUUGUAGCGGAGGAGAAGGCGGAUGCGCAGAAGGCGGUUGGGACGGUGGGUGCGGAGGAGGCGGCGAGGACGGGGAGGACGACAGGGGUGAAGGUUGAGGAGGAUGUUUUUGCUUAGACGGGUGGGUGGCGGGGGGGUUAGUUGAGAGGGUAUAAAAAACAGCAAUACCUAGAAGAUAUUACGUUUGCCCUCCCAACCCAAUCUACCUAUGUAAUUGAUCCAAUCUGAUUACGAUUAGGUACUUAGGAAUAUUUAAGAAAUUUCAAUGUUCAAUGAUGGUCCGUGCAUAGUAUUUCCGCGGCCAAAUGGUGUUUUUGGCCGCGGAAAUAAUCCGUACCAAUUUAUACCAAUCUAAUAGGGCGAAGGCGAGGG